AUGUCAGCCCUCUUCUCCUGCUCAAUCCGCAAGCGCAAAGAGUGGGCAGCUGCCAUACCCCUGCUCUAUCAGUCGCGAAGCAUCCAAUGGAGAGGUAUGGCGCAGCAAGACGCCGUAGCUCUACUUCCCAUUUUUCCUACCCAGCUGGUUCGAGCUUACCAGCCCACAACUGCUAACCAUGGACCCGGGGCAUAUGAGGUUCGUGCAGAGACCACACUCAUCGCACACGACAUUGCCAUCCCCUAUCCCGGGACGCUGGGAGAAGGAGAUGACGUGUUCCGCUUUAUGCUGGUGUCGCCUGACGAUGCUGGCGAUGCGGACACCGACGCCAGGCUGGACCGCCUUUACAACCUUGGCGCCCAUGUCGGCGUCGUUUUCCUCAGCCAGGACGAGGGCUGCAACGGCUUCACUGAGUUCCAGAUAAGGUCUCGUGCUGGAUACGGCGCCCCUAUGCCGCGAAUUUGCGCCUAA